AUGGUUAGAUGGAGAAUGAUGGAAAAGGGAAAGGUGCAACGUGGGUGUUACUUGAUGUGGAAUCUGUGGUCUAACAGAAACAGCCUUCUGUUUGAGAAUUCUAGCCCCCCAUUCGAAGUGGUCUGCCAGAGAGUGCGAAGGCAGGUGGAUGAAUUUAGUGACUACUCUCGUCGCAUAUAUGGCGGGCCGACGAAGCAUGGGAGAGCUAGCUCGCCCCGCUGGACAGCUCCGCCUAGGGGUGUGGUGAAGUUAAAUUCCGAUGCAAGCCUCAGCGCAGAUGGUUGGAUAAGGCUUGGUGUGGUGGCGCGUGACGCGGAGGGACGAGUUCUCUUCUCGGCGGUGAAACGAGUAAGGGCGUACUGGCCCGUGGAGGUUGCCGAAUGCAAAGCGGCUUAUAUGGCUGCUCGCCUGGCUAAGAAUCAUGGAAUGCAAGAGGUGAUUUUUGAGUCGGAUUCCCAAGUGGUGACUAAUCGACUAUCAAGAGCUGCGGUAUUCUUUUCCGAUCUUGAUGCGAUCCUAGGGGAUGUUUUUGAUAUUUGUCGUGAUUUCAUUUCUGUAAGUUUUUCUCAUGUUAAAAGAGAUGGGAAUUCUGUUGCCCAUAAUCUUGCUAGAAUAGUUCCGUUUGGUGUUGAACAACGUUGGGAAUUUCACUGCCCAAGUGAUGUAGCUCCGUAUGUUUUAAUGGACACUUUGUCCAUGGAUUAA